AUGUUACGUAAAGAUAACGAGGCACAGGAAUUGUUAUUAAAAGAAAAUGAGAGAAAAAUGAAAGAUGCAAAGGUGAAAUCAUUUGAUUUAAAAAAUAGUAACAAUAAUAAAAAUGAAUUUAUAACUGCUACACAAUUGGCAAGCAGUAAAAUUGUUGAAUUAACUAAAAAAUUACGUGAAAAGAAUUGUGAGGUGGAAAGUUUAAAAACUAAAUGUGCAAAAUUAGAGGCUGCUAUUUCAGAAAGCGAUGUUUUAAAGGAAAAAGAUGGUAGUAAUAAUUCUAGUCCUCAUGAAGUAUCAAAAUUAGAGCAAAAAAUUGGGUUGUUACAAAGAGAAAAUAUCGAGUUAAAACAUUCAAACGACGAUUUAAGUAAAAGAUGUAAUGUAUUGAAAACCAAACUUAAAAUGGUGGAAAAUGAGUAUGGGCUUAUAAAAACAAGAUAUUACAGUCUGAAUGAACAAUCUGAAAGAGACCAAGAGUUUAUUGACAAUUUAAGUUCUCAAUUAGCACAUACUAAAGAUUUGCAAAGUGAUGGUUUUAAAUCCAGAGAUAAAAAAAUUAAAAAGUUAAAAUUGGAAAAUGAUGCUUUAUUGAGCAAUGUAGAAAAAUUUAAAUGCCAAUAUGAUAAUGCUACAAAAUUACUAGAUGAAAAAUGUAGAGAAAUUGAGGAAAUAAAGAAACAAAAAGGACAAAAUUUGGAACUAAAGGUUGAAUACUAA